GUCAUCUGAACAAAAAUGCGAGACGAGCACUCCGUACUGGGGGUGAUUCCCGCACCUUCAGGGCGGUCAAAAGCCGAUCUGAGAUACAGUACCGAAUUGAGUCGUUGGUUCCUCGCACCAAUUGGCAUCUGGCCGCCUAAGAGUGAUGCUCACAUUAUCGAGAAGAUAAUUUCCGAACUCCUGGUAUUUCUCUCCUGCUUUCUAAUUUGUUUCCAGCUGGUACCCUGUCUCCUGCACGUCUUCAUCAAAGAACAAAAUCCGAAGCGCAAGAUGAAAAUGAUUGGUCCGUUGAGUUUUAGCUUCAUAUCCAUCAGCAAGUACCUCUUCAUGAUCGUAAGGAAACAACAAAUCUACUAUUGUCUCGAGCACAUUGAUGUUGACUGGAGGAGAGUGGCUCAUCUGGAUGAUCGAGAGAUUAUGCUGAUGAAGGCCAAACUAGGUAGGUUCGUCGCUUGGUUGUGUGCAGCUUUCAUGUACGGUGGGGCCCUCUUCUUCCACACAGUCAUACCCUUCGCAGCUAGAAGUGCUGUCACUCCUGACAACAUCACCUUACGACCACUGGUCUAUACUAUCUACGAUCCUCUCUUCUCCGCCCAGACAACUCCUUCGUAUGAAAUUGUUUUUACAAUUCAGUGCGUUUCCGGAUUUGUCGUUUGCAGUGUUACCACUGGAGCUUGCAGUCUGGCCGCUGUCUUCGUGCUUCACAUUUGUGGACAGCUCACAAUUGUGAGGUCACGGUUAGACACUUUUGUGCGAGGUAGAAAGGACGAGAACAAAAAUGUGGAGAGACGAAUGGCAGAGAUUAUUGAACUUCAUUUGCGAGCUCUUAGAUUCGCGAUUCGUAUCGAGGGAAUUCUCACGGAAGUUUGCUUCAUUGAAUUAGUUGGCUGCACUAUGAACAUAUGUUUUCUUGGAUACUACUUUAUGACGGAAUUUGACCAGAAUUUAGCUUCUGGUCCGAUUACGUACUGCAUUCUUCUAGUAUCUUUCGCCUUCAAUAUCUUCAUUUUCUGUUACAUAGGUGAAACCUUGACCCAACAGGAGGACAAAGUCGGUAGGGCAGCGUAUAUGAUAGAUUGGUAUGAAUUACCACCAAAAACUGCCAGGGAUUUAAUUCUCCUCCUGGCUAUGACGAAAAAUUCAAUCAACAUCACAGCUGGAAAAAUGGCAGAACUAUCAUUACAGACCUUUGGUGGAGUAUUAAGAACUGCAGCUGGCUACUUAAAUCUUCUUCGAACCCUUAUGAUGUAAUUCAACGGUUAACAGAAUAUAUUUUAUUGCUCAAUUAUCAAGCAGAGGCAGUUGUCCG